AAUGUACAAGCCUUCAGGCAAGAGCACAGAGUAAGAGCUACUCAACAGAAGGGUGAGGACGGAGAGAAAGUGAAGACGCUUAGUUUCGACAUAGCUGCCAAUCUAAUCCAGCCUUGCACUUGGUAUCGACCUCUCAGCCUGCUGUGGUGUGGCGCCCAAGCAUGUCUACAGAGUUGGAGCUGCCCUUUCGGCCGGACAACGAGCUGACAGAGAUGAUGCGUCUGCGGGUUCAGUCUCUGCAGCAGCGAGGACAGAAGAGGCAGGAUGGCGAACGCCUGCUGCGGCCCAACGAAGCCGUGUACCGACUGGACUUCUCCAAACAGUCCCUCCGAUUCUCACGCUGGGUGGUGCGGCUGGCCCAGGUGGGACGCCUCACCAUCACCGCCACCUCGCAGCUCUGGACUCCUGACCUCACCAACCUGAUGACACGUCAGCUGCUGGAACCCGCCGGGACUUUCUGGAGGGCGCAGGGUGAUGCCAACGAUGCGCCGGUCCAGUGCUACGAGGCUGACGCACACGAGUUUGGUGAGAGGAUUGCCGAGCUGGCUAAGGUAAGGAAGGUGAUGUACUUCCUGUUUGCAUUUGCAGAAGGCUGCAGCCCUGAGACUGUUGACAGCUCCAUCAGCUUCAUCGUGGAGAGUUGAGACUUUGCAAUCCAAAAAGUGGAGAGAUACUUGCUACGAACUCUUUUUCUGUGCUUGUGUAUGUUUAGUUGAGAAAGAAAAGUUAAUUUUAGGUUAAACGUGUAUUUUUUUGGCAUCGACUGCUUCCCCUUGUGUGUCAAUGUCACUUCACCUGUCAACCUGUAAGG